AUGGACAACAGAAUAAAGAAGUUUGAGGAAGAGAUUAAGAAAAUUGAUGAUAUGGUUAGUGCUGGUAGUUAUGACGGAAUAAUGGAGGCUAGACGGAAGGCUUUGGUGUCUUGCUGUGCGAAGUGGUAUGUCAGAAAGGAGAUUCAUUGGAAGCAAAUGUCCCAAUCCCAACAUGCUCGAGAUAUGGACAAGAACAUUAGGUACUUCCAUAACCUGGCAUCGGCAAGAAGGAGGCACAACAGAAUUGAAUCUCUAGUGAUUAAUGGAAGACUAGUACGGAAUCAGGCUAGAAUAAAGACUGCGAUCUUGGGGUUUUAUAAAGAGUUGUAUAGGCAGGAGUAUGCUCCUCUAAUUGGGAUCCGUGAUGGGCUAGUCAAGAAGAUUACUGAUAAGGAGGGAGAAGCACUAGAGGUGAUGCCAUCAACUGAGGAAGUACGAGAGGCAGUUUGGGAUUGUGAGUCCAGUAAAGCACCAGGUAGUGACGGUUAUAACAUGAAAUUCAUAAAGAAUUGUUGGGAGGAGCUGGGUCAGGAGUUUACUGCAGCUGUGUUGGGCUUUUUCCAGAAUGCGAAGCUACCAACAGAUGCUAAUAUUACUUGGGUGGCGUUAGCUCCAAAAUUUGUGGGAGCUAAGGAAAUUAAGGACUUAAGACUGAUUAGUAUGGUUGGCUGUGUGUACAAGGUGAUAUCCAAAGUGCUGGUACGAAGAAUGCGAUUAGUGAUGCCAAAUUUAGUAGGGGAGACUCAGUCUGCGUUUGUAAAGGGCCGGAAAAUACAUGAUGGUGCCCUCAUUGCUUGUGAGACGGUCCAAUGGCUAAAGCUGCGGAAGAAGCAGGCAGCAGUUGUCAAGCUAGACUUUCAGAAAGCCUACGACAGAGUGAGAUGGAGCUUUGUGGAUAUAGUACUGCAGAAGAUGGGCUUUGGACUUAGAUGGAGGACUUGGGUGAAGGAAUGUGUGACUAUAGCGUCUAUGUCGGUGUUGAUUAAUGGGUCACCGUCUAAGCCGUUCAAGAUGGAGAGAGGUCUCAGACAAGGAGACCCUCUCUCUCCUUUUCUGUUUGUGCUUAUUGUUGACGUGCUGCACAGGAUGGUAGGGGAGGAAACAGAGACACUGGCGAAUUAUAAGAGGCUCCUGCGCUACUUUGAGUUGAUGUCUGGCCUGAGCAUCAACUUUGAGAAGUUGAGCCUAAUCCCAAUUAACUGUGAGAAGGAAUGGGUGAUGAAUAUGUGUGGUUUGUUGGGGUGUGCUGAAGCGGCGUUGCCUGUCAGGUACUUAGGCAUUUCUCUUGGCGCUAACCCUCGGUUGGUGAAGACAUGGAAACCAAUCAUAGACAUGGUGGAAGACAAGCUGAGCCUAUGGAAAGCUAGAACUCUCAACAAACUGGACCCAACUACAAUGCUGUCAACCCAACCGUUGCCAUUAGGAAGGGGCCCGUGGAGAGAUAUCUGCCAGCUCAAUAUUAAGAAGCAGCAUAUAAGAAAUAUGAUGAUCAGUGGCUUGUCCAUGGAGGUGGGAAACGGCCAAAGCAUCCAUUUUUGGGAGGAUGCUUGGUUACAAGGUGGAUCUUUGAAAGAUUAUUUUCUGAGGCUCUUCUCUGUUUCAAAUAAACAAGGAUCAGUAAUAGGGGACUGUGGGUUUUGGGAUGGGCUAGAGUGGGUGUGGAACUUCCAGUGGAGGAGAGAACUCUUCCAAUGGGAGCUAGAGUUGCUCAAUCAACUCCACGACCGGUUACGAGUUGUGUUGCAGAAGGAGACCCUCUUAGAGGACAUCACGAGUUACAGCUUCACUAGUUCCAUCUGGAGAGGCUUGGUUCCUCCAAGGGUUGAACUAUUUGCAUGGUUUGUUUUAGUAGGUAGGGUUAACACGAAGGAGAGACUGACUAGACUCGGCAUUAUUAAUCAUAAUGACAAUGUGUGUGUGUUGUGCAAAAAGGACAUAGAAUCAGUACAUCAUUUGUUUUUUGCUUGUGAGUUAACAUGGAAGGUAUGGUGUGCUUGGUCAACGGUUGCUAAUAGAGCUUGGGCCAUCCUAGGAACCGGAAAAGAGUUCUUUGAGAGUUGGACUAGAGUACCAGGAGGCAAGUCUGAGCAAAGGAAAUGGCUGACAGGAUUUUGUGCGGUUGUUUGGAACAUUUGGUUGGAGCGCAAUAGCAGAGUGUUCCAGAGCAUACAGACAAGUAUUGAAGGAGUAAAGCAUAGAUCAUUCUUGAGCUACAGGGAAUGGUGUGGAGUUGAUCCGUUUGGUUGUUGA